AUGGCUACGAAGCGGAGACGUGCUCAACACACAAAGUCGAUAAGAGGCUGCAAGACCUGCAAGAUACGGCGCAUCAAGUGCGAUGAGACCAAGCCGCAAUGUCAACGGUGCUCAAGCACUGGACGUGUCUGUGACGGACCACCUCCGACCACUAUCAUUUUGAUUGAGCAUAGGAAUAACCCAGAUCCAACUAAGCUACCAUCAGCUAUUACCUCUGUGUCUUGGACUGACUCUCCUGCAGAGCUUCGUGCAUGGGCGUACUAUCUCGACCAAGUCGCUCCAGUCUUUUCCGGCACCUUCGAUCACAGUUUCUGGAAUAUAUUGAUACCCAAACUAGCCGAUUAUCACGCCAAUGUCCGAUAUGGGCUCCUCGCAAUCGGUCAGUUUUUCGAGUAUGGUGUACAAGAACGUAAGCAUGGCUUUCCGACUCCAGCGCAAGAACACCUGACAGCAUUACGAUGGCACGCAAAAGCUCUGCGUCGCGAAGAAACAAAGCCAUCAUUCGACCACCAAAAAGUCGUGCUUGUAAUGUGUGUAUUGCUUUCGACCUUAGAAUUCAUGCAGAACAAUAUUCGUGCUGGCAUACGACUACUACGAGUUGUCUUCACUUUCCUGGCCCCACUGCUUACUGCAGGUCACGACGGCAACGUCUCCACGAACGACGAGACUCUCGAAGUUAUUCUUCCCAUCGGCAUGCGAACUGUUGGAUUACUGUUUACAUCACUGGACGAACUCGAUGCUGAGACAUUACCACGUCUCUCGGACCAGGAUAUGGAGGUACCAGUCUUUCGCGGACUUUGUGCAGUAUAUGUGACACUCAAAGAUACAUACUUAGCAUUGCAAUUGCAGCUCAGGACGGCAAUGCGUAGGCUGCAACGAAAGCAAAAACAGGUAGAGGCGUAUCUCCAAUCAGCACGAAACAUUACUCGAGCACAUCUACCACAAUCGCAUAGGCUGUGCGCUGGCCGGCUUCCUGCGUUGACCGACUACUGCGAUAUCGCUCUCAAUUGGCUAGAUCUCACUAUCAACGCAACAGACACGAGGCUUGACAGCACCUCCUUUCUAAAGAAGAUUCUUGCCAACCUUGUCCAUCUCUCCAACACCGUAUCAAUAAUCUAUCCAUCAGCAUCGUCAUCAACAUACUUCCAUCACAUGACCAUCACUCCCGUUGCGUAUUUCGUUGCCAUCAUUACCCCGAUACCGUUUCUUCGCCAACGAGCACUGGAACUGAUGAAGUACAGAAAGACCGAGCAUUCGAGAACACAGCUACAUGCUAUUGUGACCAGCCUGGAGGGCAUCAAGAUCAAUGACGAAGAUUCAUUUGUCCCUCGAAAAACGACAGAAGUUGACAUGGAAGGCGUACGUGGAAAUGGAAGUGAUGUGCACAAGAUGCUCACGGAAUCCCUGACGCAAACUGGCCUAUCGCACGAGCAGGAAGAUUUUGUGCUUGCAGUGAACAGCGUAGGCGGUGAAUUUUCUGAAGAUCCACAAGUGAAAACAUGGAUCGGCGGUGACAUGUUUGGCGUUCACAAGAGAACAGUCCUGGCCUUUGCGUAA